AUGUCGUCGACCAGCUCAGAGAGUUGUGCGUUUGUGGCCAACAAGAUAACACAGGGUAAGAAAGUAACGCAGAAAGAGCCGCCAGACAGGUUCGUGCGACUUGACUUUGAUCAGAUGGGGAAAUGGUAUGAGGGUUGCAGCGCGAUGUGCUCAUUCUAUGCGCGUGAAUUGAUACACGAAGGACGCGACGAGAAAUGA